AAGAUCUUACUUCAUUUCAUAACCAUGAUAAUGACCUCUCAUGUGGCACAGUUCAGUCAACGACACCAUAUAAGAAGGCCACAGAAAUCCCUUGGUUUCAGCAUUUUAUGUUCACUGAAUCAAAAUAAACAAAAUGCCAUCAAACUGGAAGAGGCCAGCUGAUGUUGCAUUUCCUCAAGUUUGGGCUAGGUGUGAAGGCAAAACAACUUUAGCAGAUGGUUCUAAGCUCGUCUACAGAAUACAGGAUGCCACUCCUGAAAUGCAUGAAGAAAUUGUUGACAGACUCAUGAUGGUAUACUUUGUCCGAGAUGAGGAUAUUUGCAAGACAAUUAAUUUAAUGGCAGAUAAAACAUCUAUGGAAGACACUAGAAUAAUGUGGAAGGAAUCACUAAAGCAGAAUGUUGGUCUUGUAGCUAUAAGAGAAUAUCCAGAUGGUCAAGAAGAAAUCAUUGGGACCAAUAUAACAUGUGUUGUCAGCAAAGGAGAGAAAUCAAAUCCUGAUGAGGUGAAAGGCGAGGCAAUGAGAAAAAUUUGGCGUAUGUUGAUGGAAGAUCUACCAAAGCAACUUGAUGUAUUUGAGCAUUAUGGGGUGGACCACUACAUGAGUGCUGUGGGACUAACUGUAUUACCAAAAUACAGAGGACAAAAUGUGGGACUUGAGAUUUUACGUGCUCGAUUUCAACUUGUGAAAGGUGUUGGACUGAAGGCAACAGCAACAGCUUUCACUGCCAUGGCCUCUCAAAAACAAGCACAGCGUGCAGGCUAUGAGUUGUUGACUGAAAUGGUAUAUAAUGAUUACAAGGUAGAUGGAAAAGUUGUCUUCCCAGGGAUGACCACACCAUCAGUGAAAUAUAUGGGCAAAUACAUACCUUGAUGAGCAGAACAUAAACUGUAAUGGUCUUUCAGAAACAAAGUAGCAGAGAAAGUGUGUUUUUUUUUUUUGUCAGUGUGAGCACUGUACUGGUAAUCUUUGUGUCAUGGUCAGUAAGGUUUUUGGAAAUGUUGCUAUGUUCUCAUAAGUAAUGGUGCAAAUGAAAAUGUAUUAAACAGUAUGAUUCAGUGCAUGACGCCAACUUGUGUGACAAUGGUGUAUGAAUGAUGUAUUUGAAUUUUCAGCAAACAAGUGUGACUAGAUAAAAUAACAUUGGUAAUUUGUAUUAAACUGACAAAUUUGUAUCAUUGUAAGCUACAUAAGUUCAGAGUAAUAUUUCACUUUGCAGCUUGUAAAAAUUU